GACUUUUCUUCCAAAAAAAAAUCAACGAAAGUGUUUAAAUAAAAUUAAUAUUUUUAUCUGAAAAACCAGUAGUGUGUUCACAUCAUGAGAUUAGCUUUGAUUUUGGGCACUCUAAGUGCUCUACUGUGCUUGGCCAAUGGUCUCAGCCAAUCGGAGCCCAGCGGCUCCAAAGGCUCCAGUGGCUAUCCCAAAAAGGUAACCACUCUGAAAAAGCGACCCACCAAGACCCCCACCACCGUGGCAGCCAGCACCAGCACCAGCCGGGGCACCACCACCAAGCCCAGUAAGCCACGAGUGAAGAUCACAAAAGCGGGCACCCGGACUACCACCACGAAAGCUCCAGGAUCAGCACCAGCUUUGGCGGAGAGUUUCGGAAAUCUGCCAGCAGAUGAUCUGGAAUUCAUUAAGGAAUUGGACAGGCAGUUCAAGUUGCAUGGAAAUAAAAUCAAGAUCAAGGUGGAGAGGGAUAACUCCACGACGUCAGGUGGUGGAAAGAAUAGCAAGAGGACUAUUGAAGGAGAUUUGGGCUAUGGCUACUCCCAUCCUGGCUAUGAUUACACACCACCCAAGUUCAUGUUCUAUCCCUACUCCCAGCAUGACAUUCCAUCGGGCUUUGCUCAUCCACAGCCACUGCCGGAGGAGUUGGAAGAGGAGGCCCCACCACCACCACAGCAGCAGCCACAGCAACACCACUCGCCACAGAAACCCCACAACCAUGAACAUGUGACGAGUGUUACGAUUGAACCGUCCUACUCCUACGAACUGAAGCCCCAAACCAGUUACGAAACCCAAGCACCACAGCACACGGCACCUGAGCAACCGCAAAUCGACUUGCCACACGACGAGGCCGAGGCUGGUGGCUACCAGGAGCCAGUGAUAGUGCUGCGGAUUCCAGGACCGGCCAAGUAUGCCGCCCAUUUGCAGACACUCCUCCAGCAGUACCUGGAGAUUCGGGCAGCUCAGUAUCUCAGUCUGUUGCAAGAGGCCGAGCAGCAGCAGCAGCAACAACAGCACCAGCCAGUCCAUCAGCAACAUGUCCCAGAGCCCCAGCAAUACGGUCCUCCCGAGCCGGUGGCCUAUCAGCCGGAGGUGAGCUACACCCACCAGCUGACGGCUGCACCACAACCAGUACAGUAUGCCCCCAUCGAUGAUGUCUACCAGAGCUACAAGGGUCGCCAUCAGCAGCAACUGCAACAGCCACAGUACGAGCCGCAGCAGUACUACACACCCAUGGAGUACCAGCAACCCACUCAGUUCUACUACGCACAACCGCAAUCGCACUUGCAACAGCAACCGCAGCUCUACUUGAUAGCCAUGGCCCAGCCAGAACCGGAGCAACAUCAGCAACUGCAGCAGCCACAUCAUCACCAUCACCAACAGCAGCAGCAAGAGCCCAUAUAUGUGCCGGAGGGAGAGGCACCCACUGCCCCGGAACAGCAACCCGAACCGGAAGUGGAACCCGAACACAACCUUCCCAUUACGGAGAACAAUCCCCGACCCACUCACACGAAAGUCAUCUUCAAUCCCUAUCCCUACCAGCAACAGCAACAGCAUCAGCAGCAGCAGCAUCAGCAACACCAGCAACAUGUCCAGGAACAGGAGCAACAUGCCGCCAAUCUGGAGGAGGAAUCUCAAGCGGAGGGCGAUCGUCCCUUCAACUACCAUGCCCAUGCCCUGAAAGUGAGGCCCGGAAAGAGGGCGGCCAAGCCGGAGCCAUCCGAGGGCACCAGUGGGGGAGAUAAGCGACUCCAGCAGAUCAGAGAGUACGUGAGGGAGAAGCUGGGUGCCGAAAUGGGUUCUGCGGUGGAAUACAAAACGACACAGUUGUUAGAGGGCUAGAAUCAGGAAUCCUGGGGGAAAAGGGGGGCUUUGGAAUUCACAUUACAGGAAGUUCACCU